GGGUGAAAGAGGUAUCUAAGAAGGAAGCUUUCAAGGAUGGCUCUGCUGUACAGUCUAACAAUGUGAACAAACUUAGUGCAGAUAAGAGUAAAUCUAGGAAUACUAAUAAUGACUCAAAGAAAGAACCAGUUACUGUAAAAGAUGGUCCCACAGCUAAGAUUGCUGCACAGACGUUUACAUUUCGUGAGCUUGCUGCUGCUACGAAGAACUUCAGGCAUGAAUGUUUAAUUGGUGAAGGUGGUUUUGGACGCGUUUAUAAAGGACGGCUAGAAAGCACUGGACAGGUAGUUGCUGUAAAACAGCUUGAUCGGAAUGGUCUUCAAGGGAACAGAGAGUUUUUGGUGGAGGUUCUAAUGCUUAGCCUCUUGCACCACCCCAACCUUGUCAACUUGAUAGGUUACUGCGCAGAUGGUGACCAACGCCUCCUUGUUUAUGAGUUUAUGCCUUUGGGUUCUCUUGAGGAUCAUUUGCAUGAUCUUACACCAGAAAAAGAGCCAUUAGACUGGAAUACGAGGAUGAAGAUUGCAGCUGGUGCAGCAAAAGGGUUAGAGUAUUUGCACGAUAAAGCCAACCCUCCUGUGAUAUAUAGAGAUCUAAAAUCCUCCAACAUACUUCUUGAUGAAGGGUAUCAUCCUAAAUUGUCAGAUUUUGGGCUUGCAAAACUGGGCCCUGUUGGUGAUAAGACUCAUGUGUCUACACGUGUGAUGGGAACAUAUGGUUACUGUGCUCCCGAAUAUGCAAUGACUGGUCAACUAACUUUGAAAUCCGACGUUUAUAGUUUUGGGGUUGUCUUCCUUGAGCUCAUCACGGGGCGCAAGGCUAUUGAUAACACAAGGACUCCAGGAGAACAUAAUCUUGUUGCAUGGGCCCGGCCGCUUUUUAAAGAUAGGAGGAAGUUCCCAAAAAUGGCUGAUCCACUAUUGCAAGGUCGAUAUCCAAUGAGAGGACUUUAUCAAGCACUAGCUGUGGCAGCCAUGUGCUUACAGGAACAAGCUUCCACAAGGCCUCUAAUUGGAGAUGUCGUGACCGCUUUAACUUAUCUAGCCUCUCAAACGUAUGAUCCUAACGCAUCAUCCAGAGUUGGUUCAUCUACCCCUAGGCGAACCAUGUCUGGUGUAGAUAGCCCAGAUGGUCAUGGGUCAUCCCCUUCCAUCCGUAAUAAGAAUUCUCCCGAUUUUUACCGGAGAAGGAAUUCCUCCAAGGAUUAUUACAAUACAGGUGGGGCUGAGUUGAGAAGGGUUGAAACUGGACGAGGAAGUGGUGGUGGUUCUGGGCGGAAAUUGGGCGAUUUAGAUGAAUUAGACCAGUCCGGUUCUCAAAGGAAUCAGGGAGUUGACAGAGAACGUGCCGUUGCAUUGGCAAAAGUAUGGGGUGAAAAUUGGCGAGAGAGGAAGAGUAAGACAAGCGCAAGAGGUAGUUUUGACAGCACAAACGAUUGAAAGAAACAAAAAGAUGAGGGGAGAAACAUUUUUCAGGCGGGUGUGGACAUGGCGUGGUCAAUCAUCAUUGUGGCAGGAAGUCACAAUGCAUCCCGCAGCUUUGAGUGUCAUGUUUGUUGGGAUAAGUCAGUGGUCAUUUGUUCACUUCGAACUGAGGAUGGGCUGCUUCAGUUAUGUUAAAAAAAAUAGUGUAAGUAGAAGAUACAUCAGCUAUGCAGUGUGGAUGUGCAUGCAUGUUGAUCUAUGUAUUUAGGGGUUUCCUAUCGUUGAUGGUACCAAAAAAUAUCUAAAGAAAUAUUUUUUUAGGUGUUCCUUAAGGCAAGGUUUCUUCAAUAUUAAUUUGUGUACUUUGGUGUAUGUAUAUGGUGAAAUGUGUUUGAACUCAAAAAGGUUCAUAUACGCUUUUUUUAAUGUUAUAAUGCGAAAGCAACUAUAUGCUUGAGUUUCAUGCCUCCUAAGUUCUAAUGUCGAUGGCGCCUGAGA